AUGAAGUUCAUUGUAACAAUUUUAUUCCUUGCAAGUGCAGUUCUCGCACAAUUUCCAACUGGAUUGGAAAUUUCAGCUGACUUUCUACAAGCAAACACCUACUAUAGUCUCGAGGCAGUUAAGUUUGUUGAUAAACUUGCAGCUGUGCUUGAUGAACGUGUUUUGCCUUACAUUGCUGCUCACGAGAAACUAGUCAAACAUUUUGAAAGUAUCAAAGAGAUUCCAGGCGUUAAACUUGAUGCCAAUGGUGAACAAAUAAUGGACAGACUUACAACUAGAAUUACCAAUAUGAUAAAUAAUUACCCAAAUGUUUUGGAUCGCAAUAUUUUCAGUAGAGAAAUGCAGAGACAUAUGGACAUGCUCAAUUCAGGAUACAUCAAACAAGCUGAAGGAUUGAUCACAGAUUUAGUAAGCUAUGUCACCAAAAACCCAAAUGUUGGAAAAUGCUGGAUGGAAAAUCGCGAUGAAAUCAUGAAAAUUGUUCAAAAUGGAUUUCUUGCAGCCAGAGAUGCAGGUAUCACAACUAUAACAAAUGCCAAUGCAACACUCAAUACAAAUGAGAUUCUAAUUGAAGCAAUGAUAACAUCUGACACGAGUUUCAUUGAAAUGUGCAAAUCAACUGGAAUUGAGCAGGUCAAUGGAUGUAUUGGCAUAUACCUUUCCGUAGCUGAUUUAACAGUUCCUGCAAGUGCAUCAAUGUGGGAAAUGACAACAAAUACAACCGUCACGACAAACUUACAGAUUGCCGAGUCUUUGAUCCAAACAGCAGCACAAAUUGCUGUAAUUCAAAUCACACAAAUUGUUGGGAGGAUUGAGGCUUGCGUAGUUGAUGUUUUAAGACAAACGAAAUCCUAA